AUGGCUACAGCCGUCCACCACAUCAAGGCCAAUGGCGGCAACGUCCACACCUCGACGUCAACGGCCGACUCGGCAAGCUGGCUUGAGGCUGUUUAUAUGUCGCUGACCAAGGCGGUCAUCGACGGCGGCCUCGAUGCCGUCGCAGCCCGCCAUCCCAAUGGCAGUGGCGCCCUGCUUACCUUUGACGAGCUGCAGAUCAUCGGCGCCGUCGGCUACUCAGAGUCGGUCCGCUCCAACUUUGGCAAGAUGCUCAUGACUGUCUCGGGCAUGUCGGCCGACAAGGCCGCUGUCGUGCUUGUCAAGUACCGCACAUUGGGCGGACUUCGUGCUGCGUAUCGCGCCGCCGGUCCCGAUGCGGGUAAGACGCUCCUAGCCGGCGAAAAGGUGCCUGGUGCCCGCAACUCGUUUGGCCGUUCCUUGUCGAACGCGGUCUGGAGGGCGUUCUGGGCCGAUGAGUGA